GUAGAACAGAGAAACUAAGCAUUAACAUUUAAGUACUAUGUACAAUAUAAAUAUAUAUCGAAGAAUAUAUAUGAGCAUAAAGAACAACAGCAAUGGACAAUGGAUUCAGGAUAUGAGUGCAGAAAGGUGAUAAUAGUGCAAAUGAAGAUGCAAUAUGUCUGAUUAAUUGUUAAUUGUUCAUCAGAUUGACGGCCAAUGGAAAGAAGCUUUUAUUAACACUAUUCUACAGCACCACAUACUACACCUUCCAGAAUGACUUCACAGUGGAAUCAACACACAAACAGUCUGAACUUCAUGAAGGAGAAGUAACAGUGAUCACUUUACAGCUCACACAGUGUCCGGUCUGCAGUAAAUGAUGAUCAAUGAAAUCAUUUAGUACAGUUUGAUUCAUCAUUAAUAGUUUAAAGAGACAGUGCAUGUUUGAAUAGCCUGGUUUCAUUUCUGUGGUCACUAACCAACCCAUCCCAUGAUUAUUUGUGUGGCUUAUGUUCAUUGUUGUUCGUGAUUAACAGACUUUAGAGUGUAUAAUGACCCACUGCUUGCAGGAAAGCUGUGUGUUCCGGUGGAAAUGGUGCAGCAUGGAGUGGAAGGCCUGAUGUAUCUGAUGACCGAGAGCUCCAAACACAUGAUCUCUAAAGUGGAUUUCCUGGACUCGGUGUUGGUUUUGGGGUUUGGUGAAGAGCUUAACCAGAUCCUCUUACAGCUCUACCUGCAACACCACAGUCAGAUUCGUAGCAUCCUGAGUCAGCUGCCCUCCAACCUGCCUGCCUACCACAACCUGGAAUGGAGACUGGAUGUACAGUUGGCGAGUCGUCCGAUCCGUCAGCAGGUCAUUCCCAUGCUGACGAUGCGCCUGCUCCUGACGGGAGGGUGUGACGGCCGCGAUGACCUCAGCAGAAGGGUUCUCCAGACUGACCCCAGCACCCUCCUGCACCUCAUCACCACACUGGAGGCAGCUCUGGCCGCCAUAAAGACCAAUCGCGCUCGCCGCAUAUUCCGCAACAUCAAAUGACUCCCAGGGCCCUUUCUGUGUAACCGGUUUCUCCUGUGGCACACCACACUGUUGCCUUUAUACCUGGAUGCAUUAAGCAGUGUCUGUGAUGAGUCCUGGAUGGUAAAACCAUCUGACUGGCAAAUGGCCGUCACUUUAUUACCCUUGAGUCAUAAUACUUGGCAGAUGGUAUUGACUGUAUUGUAUAUAAUGAUUCUACAGUGCCACUGAUGUUGUAUUAAAGUGUAAGAUGACAUGAAUCUCCAUUCAUGUGGUUUGUUAAGCCAUCCUUGUUAAGGCAGAGAGGCCCUGACUUUAAAGGAGUACACUGUGUCAUCAUUUGACUGGAACAGAAUAUGAGUGUUUUAAGCCCAGCAGAGGAUGGACAGUCAUUGACGUUUUCAGUGAAAGCCGUUGGUUAUUAAUACAUUCAUCCAAUGUUUGUGUGCUGCAUAACAAUGCUUUUGAACCCUUUCUUCCGUGUCUUGGUUGAUCUGAAUCAAGCUCAGUAAAACAGUUGACGUAUGUGCCUCAUGUCCUGUUUGUACUAACGAUUCCAUGCAUAGAAUGGUGAUGUAAUGUAAUGGUGCGUCUUUUUAACACACUUUUGGCCACUUGGUACCAAUUGAGCAUAGUUGAAACGCCACAGCCUUCCUGAGUAUUGUUGCUGACCAUGUCCCUCCCUUUAUCCCCACAGUGCACUCAUCUUCUAAUGGAAGAAAAGAAUGUUUUCAAGCACCUCUUUGAAUGUAUUUGACAAAGAAUUAAAGGGGACAUAUGCUCAAGUUCA